UCACAUCUCUUACUCUGGAACGCAGAGUUGUUCUACGCCUCAUCGCUUGCCUUCUCGAAACUGUCGAUCCUUGGGUUUUACUGGCGCUUGUUCAGCAGGUCGAAUAUCCGAGUACCGAUUCAAAUACUGGCGGUUUUAUCGCUGAUAUGGCUCAUUAUUCGCACCUUCCUCGCUAUCUUCCAUUGCGUUCCCGUCCACGCUUUCUGGGACAAGAGCAUUAAGGAUGCCGUGUGCACUAUUGAUGAUUCCAAGUUCUUUUUUGGGACAGUAUUGGUUCACCUCCUGCUCGAUAUCUCCAUCCUAGCCCUUCCCGUCUUACAAGUGAUGAAUCUGCACCUCAAAGCCGGCCAGAAAAUAGCAGUUAUCGCUCUUUUUAUGUUCGGUAUACUGGUAUGCGUUGCGUCUAUUGUCGUCCUCGCAGAAUCGCUCAAGUUUGAUCCAUCGUCCGAUGAAAUGCCUCUGGACAUCGCGCCUAUUAUGAUUUGGGCGACGGUGGAAGUCAACUUGGCCAUCGUAUCCGCCUGCCUACCAAUCCUGCGACCCAUCUUCUCAAAGAUAACGAGAUUCUCCUUGCUCGCCUCAGAGAGAAAUAGGCUGCCGCUUAGUCGGCAAGGCAAUGAAAUGAAGCUAACGACGAUUGCACACGCAGAGGAAGUCGAUGAGUCCAGCUCUAUACACCAACUGGCCGAUUCAAUGCAGCCAGGCUCCCAUGAGUCUGAUGGCGAGCUCAUAAAUGGGCGUCAUGGAUUACAGACCGUUAUAUCAAGCAAUCCAUAUGACCUCCCUUCUUCGGCGGAUAGCGAGGGGGAUAAGGGCAUUCACGUUCGGAAAGAAACGAGCGUU